CACCUGCCCCUUUAUCCCAGGACUCCCAGGAGGUGACCCCACUCGGGGGUGGGGGCUGUAGUGCAGCUGGACCGGGACAUUCCCGGUGCCCCUCAGCAACAGCCUCUCGGGAGGUCCCCAUUGUCGCGGUUACCAGGAGACAGAGUCGCAUUCCGCGGGCACAUUCCACAGCUUCCGGGCCUGCUGGGAAGCGCCCGCACGUCCAGCCAUGGAGUAGGGCCAUGCCUCGUGCCAUUCCCGGCUCCAGGGGGCCGUUCCCAGAGCCAGAAUGCCGUCCCUGCCGCAGGACUCGCCCGCCGGGGGAUUGGGGACGGGGUUCCCCAUGGUGAGGGGCCCCCCCUCCGAGCUCAUGGGCUUUUAUAUCACCAGCUACGAGGCAGCCUUUGGGAAGAGGCCCACGGGGUCACCCCAGACGUUGGAGGGGAGGCGCGCUUUGGGGAUUGAGCCCCCCAGUGACAGGAGUAUGCACCCCCUCCUCGGCGUCCACACCGGCUCGGGAUACGUCGCCAACAACUACGCGGAGGCCGCAUCCGUGGUCUUCCCGUACGUGGAGCGCCAGGACACCGACGUGUCCACCACCUCCGAGGACUUCAAGAUCUUUGGGCGCCCGGAUUACCAAAGGCUCUUGCCCUCGUAUGCGGAUGAGCUGGAGUGUCGCUAUCCCGCUGGCUUCUCCUUUUCCCGCCUCCGUUUUGGCGAGGUGACAGCCCCAAAAGUAUCCAGGGAAAAUGACACCUGGAGCCCCCACACCAGUCCUGCCCAGCCAGAUGUCCCGCAGAGGACGACGGAGCUGUCUGGCUUCACCAGAACUGACCCAAGGAGUGACCUCACCCUGCCAGAGCAGCCUGUGAGCGCUGUCCCCACCAUGUCCCCUGUCCCCCCACCCCUCAGCACCCCAGGGGACACCUUUCCUCUCCCACAGCCUGAUGUCCGUGAUGGUCAGAUGGAUUCCUUGCCUGCCAUAUUCAGCACUCCCCAGCCUGCCAUGGGCCACCCUGCCCCCUUCGCCCCCCCGGAGCUCCAAGUGGCACCCAAGGGAGUCACUACCGAGCAGGAGCCGCUGACAUACAGCACUGUCCAGAACAAGUACCUGACCAAGUUCACACCACUGGCCCCUGUAGCACCAGGUGAGUUUGGGGGGUUUGCAGCCCCCAGGAGGAGUAGAAACGCCCCUCACCUAUCCCUCCUGGAUUUUCCAGGCUGGUGGGCGCAGACUCCAGUCACCUGGGCGCCAAGAUCUGUGGAGGGCAUCCAGAUCCCGAGUCCCAGUGGCUUCAGCACCAACAACCACCCCACCAAACUGUGGCACAUCGAUAAAACCCUGAUGUGACCCCCCCUCAAAAAAGUGCUGCCACAUCCCGGGAUUCCCAUCCUUGGCUUUUCCCAAAUCCCCGUGGGAGGAAUAAAGAUCCUGCGUGAUGC